AGACGUGUACCCUUUCCAAUCAAUCGCAAUUGUUUGCGCCCAGCCACUAUGCCAGAGCACUCGGCACAAUUCCACUUCCAACAGCUCCCCGGGCUCGUGCGCACUGCGCAUAUCGUGGGCGUAACGAGCUCAGCUUUCCUCUCUGGGUACAUUGGAUGCUUUAGCAUCGCCAUGGUCCCUACGCUGGGCCUCGCUCCAGCACCGCUGCUCGCUCAGCAAUUCGAGAGCGCGUAUAACAUCGGAGCCUCUACAGCACCAUUCCUGGCUUUGACGGGUGGAAUCUCGUUUGGCUAUCUCAUGUGGCAGCAAGGCAAAGCGCUCACCGGCACGGAACUCAAUCCGAACUCGACGUUCUACCUCUACUCUGCUGCAGCAAUCUUGAUUCCUAGCAUUGUACCUUUCACGCUCUUGGCAAUGAAAAGAGUCAACAACAGGCUGCAUGCCAAAGCGGCUGCGCUGAAGAACGCGCAGCCCGGCGAUGAUGCAUGGAAUGAGGUUGGUAUCCCUGAGGAGGAUAAAGUCAAGACGCUCCUUGGCAAGUGGACUUGGUUCAACGCAACCAGAUCGGUCCUAACGGGUGUCGGAGCCCUGUGCGGAAUUCUAGCGGUGUCGUGAAGGCCAAAGGCCAUUGGUCUGUGGGAAGGAUAUUGGUUGUGGAGAGAUGCUGUAUAUAAAGCCGCACAUGACGUGACGUAGCCGUCAAUUUCCAAUGAGGAAAAAAAUAAUUGUUUAUGCUUGAAUUGCUCGAAACGAAAUCCCAGCAAGUACGUAGUAGGUAAGAUGCAGG